CAGCAGCACCAGAGUUGAGCGCGCGACAACUGUUUCUUUUCUUUUCUUUUCUGUCCUCCCUUGGCUCGCCCACGUCUGCUGCUACUCCGUCCGCCGACUGAGGUCGUCCAUUGCGCACAGGAAGCUGCGGCUUCUCCCUCACCGCCGCCAUGUCGACCCCGUCCAUGUUGACCAAGUUCGAGUCCAAGUCCUCGCGGGCGAAGGGCAUUGCCUUCCACCCCAAGAGGCCAUGGAUCCUCGUGUCGCUACACUCCUCCACCAUCCAAUUGUGGGACUACCGCAUGGGCACCCUGAUAGACCGCUUCGAAGAACACGACGGGCCGGUCCGCGGCAUAGACUUCCACAAGACCCAGCCAUUGUUCGUCUCCGGCGGCGAUGACUACAAGAUCAAGGUCUGGUCGUACCAGACUCGGCGAUGUUUGUUCACGCUGAACGGGCAUCUGGACUAUGUCCGCACCGUCUUCUUCCACCAUGAGCUGCCAUGGAUAUUGAGCAGCUCCGACGACCAGACCAUCCGCAUAUGGAACUGGCAGAACCGCUCCCUGAUAUGUACUAUGACCGGCCAUAACCACUACACCAUGUGUGCACAGUUCCACCCCAAGGAGGACCUCAUCGUUUCCGCCUCGCUCGACCAGUCCGUCCGCGUUUGGGAUAUUUCUGGCCUGAGGAAGAAGCACUCGGCGCCGACAGCCAUGUCUUUCGAGGACCAGAUGGCGCGCGCCAAUCAGAACCAGGCGGAUAUGUUUGGGAAUACGGAUGCGGUGGUGAAGUUCGUUCUGGAGGGCCAUGACCGCGGAGUUAACUGGGUUGCAUUCCACCCUACCCUUCCGCUUAUUGUUUCGGCCGGAGACGAUCGGUUGGUGAAGCUCUGGAGGAUGUCGGAGACCAAGGCGUGGGAGGUGGAUACAUGCCGAGGCCACUUCCAGAACGCGUCCGCGUGUCUUUUCCACCCUCACCAGGACCUAAUAUUGUCGGUUGGCGAGGACAAGACUAUCCGAGUCUGGGACCUUAACAGGCGAACGUCUGUGCAGUCUUUCAAGAGGGAAAAUGAUCGCUUCUGGGUGAUUGCAGCUCACCCUGAGAUCAACCUUUUCGCCGCCGGUCACGAUAACGGUGUCAUGGUAUUUAAGCUGGAACGUGAACGCCCAGCGUCAGCUGUGUACCAGAACCAGCUUUUUUACAUCACCAAAGAAAAGCAUGUCCGCAUGUACGAUUUCCAGAAGAACAUCGAAUCGCCGUCAAUGCUCUCUCUGAAGAAGCUUGGUAGCCCCUGGGUGCCUCCGCGGACGCUCUCUUAUAAUCCCGCCGAGCGAUCCAUUCUCGUCACCUCCCCGACCGACGGCGGCACGUAUGAGCUGAUCAGCCUUCCGCGCGAUGCUUCGGGAGCUGUGGAGCCUACGGACACGAAGCGCGGCUCUGGUACUUCUGCGGUUUUCGUUGCCCGAAAUCGAUUUGCGGUGUUCAGCCAGUCGAAUCAGCAAAUUGACAUCAAGGACCUUGGCAACUCCACGACCAAGACUAUCAAGCCUCCGCAUGGCACUACAGACAUUUACUUCGGCGGUACCGGUAACUUGCUCAUGAUUACUCCGACUUCGGUGGUCCUCUACGACAUUCAAGCCAAGAAGAACCUCGCUGAGCUUGCUGUAAACGGAGUCAAGUACGUUAUCUGGUCUUCCGACGGACUUCAUGUGGCGUUGUUGAGCAAGCACAACGUUACUAUUACUACGAAAAAUCUCGAGCAGGUCAGCACCUUACACGAGACCAUCCGUAUCAAGAGCGCAACCUGGGAUGACGCCGGUGUCCUACUCUACUCUACGUUGAACCACGUCAAGUAUAGUUUGAUGAACGGCGACAAUGGUAUUGUGCGAACUCUGGAACACACUGUAUACCUGGUCAAGGUCAAGGGUCGGAACAUCUACUGCUUAGACCGAGCAGCAAAGCCCAAGGUCCUCCAAAUUGAUCCGACGGAGUACCGAUUCAAGCUUGCCCUUAUCAAGCGAAACUACGACGAGAUGCUCAACAUCAUUAAGACAUCAAGCCUUGUCGGUCAGAGCAUCAUUUCGUACCUGCAGAAGAAGGGCUACCCUGAGAUUGCACUUCAGUUCGUUCAGGAUCCGCAGACACGUUUCGAACUCGCCAUUGAGUGCGGUAACCUCGAGGUUGCGGUGGAGAUGGCCAAGCAGCUUGACCGACCAAAACUCUGGCAACGUCUGAGCGCUGAAGCUCUCGCACACGGAAAUCACCAGGUCGUCGAGAUGACCUACCAAAAGCUGCGCAACUUCGACAAGCUUUCCUUCCUGUACCUCUCGACCGGAGACCAAGAAAAGUUAAAGCGCAUGGCCAAGAUUGCCGAGCACCGUGGAGACAUGACUGCUCGCUUCCAGAACGCGCUGUACUUGGGCGACGUACAGAACCGCAUCGAGAUGUUCCAGGAGAUCGACCUUUACCCUCUUGCAUACGCCACCGCGAAAGCCCACGGACUUGACGAGCAAGCUCAGUCGAUACUGGAGGCAAGCGGUCUCACCGAAGACCAGAUCAAUAUGCCGUCAGUUGGCGCUCCCCUUGCGCCGCCGAAGCCAAUCGUUCCCACAUAUAAGACGAACUGGCCGACGCGUGCUGCGUCCUCUACCGUCUUCGAGAAGGCGCUCAUGGGUGAGGUUGAAGGUGUUGGUGCCGAAGAGCCAGCAACAAACGGCUAUGGAGACGAAGAUCUCCUGGGAGAGGCUGAAGCUCCUGGUGCUGCCGCCGGCGAGCUCGGCGGCGAAGAGGAGGAUGACGUUGGUGGCUGGGAUAUGGGAGAUGAGGGUGAGGUCGAAGCUGAGGACGAUUUCGUUGAGGUGGAGGGUGCCGAAACGGGCGCCGGCAGCAGCGAAGCCGACCUAUGGGCCCGUAACUCACCGUUAGCCGCAGAUCACGUCGCCGCUGGCUCCUUCGAAACCGCGAUGCAACUCCUGAAUCGGCAGAUUGGCGCCGUCAACUUCGCUCCGCUCGAAGGACGCUUUGAAGAGAUAUACCAGGCGACACGAACCUUCCUCCCAGCCACUCCGAACAUGCCGUCGCUAGUUAACUACGUCCGGAGAACAGUGAAUGAGACUGACUCACGGAAGAUCCUUCCCAUUAUCCCACGCGAUCUAGAGUCUAUAUUGACUUCGGAGCUGCAAGCCGGUAAACAAGCGAUGGUCAAGAACCAGCUCCAAGAUGGCGUAAAUGUCUUCAAGAAGUUGCUUCACCUAUUGAUCGUCAAUGUUGUGUCUUCACAAGCUGAGCUUUCCGAGGCUAAGAAAGCCAUCCACACCGCGGCCCAAUACGCCCUCGCCAUGUCUAUUGAACUCGAGCGUCGUGCUCUCGUCCAGGGUGCGACCGACAUAUCUGGUCUCCCAGAGGACACCAAGAAGCGCGCUCUCGAGCUCUCCGCAUACUUCACCGUCCCCGAGCUCGAAGGCCCACACAAAUCUCUCCCCCUUUCUGCGGCCAUGAACUUCGCCAACAAGAAUCGGCAGCUCAACACGGCAUUGAAUUUCGCCAAUGCUCUGCUAGACCGCACAGGCAACGCGAAACUGAAGGAACAGGCUAAGAGAAUCAAGACAGUAGCGGAGCGGAAUCCUGCCGACGCUAUCGAGAUCGACUUCGACCAGUUCGCGGAUUUCGAGAUCUGCGCUGCGUCGUUUACCCCGAUAUACCAGGGCAGCCCGUCCGCCGCUUGCCCGUACGAUGGGUCGAAGUAUCAUGCUAAGUAUAAGGGUACCGUGUGCAAGAUUUGCGAGGUUUGCCAGAUUGGUGCUCCUGCGAGUGGGCUGAGGCUUGUUGGGUGAGCAAGAAGACUGAUCAUGGGAAGGAUUGUUCAGGCCAGACAUGACAAGGAUAGGCUUUCGUAGCGCAUGCGAUUGCAGGAGGAUGAAAGGGUCUCGGGCAGGGAUGCUCUGAAUGAGGGUAGAUGCAUGAUUGGGAGCGAAGGCGCGGGAAGGACCAGUGUUCCUUGAUUAUCAAAAUGCGAUAUGAGAUAAUGUUCACAACU